GAUACCUGUAUGAUUACAACAGGUUGCAUUCUCUUCUCCGUGUCAAAGUUGUCUAGUAAAUAAUGCUUGAACUGCGAAUAAAAAUCUUUUCCGCGCUCGUUUUUCUUGCUGUGCUAUCAAAUUGCAAGAAAGAAGAAAGUCCUACGUUGAGAAAACUAUUACUGAAGAGCAUCGAGGCGCCAUCUUGGAAAUUUCAAAGUAUCGAUCAUGAAUGGUCGUGGCAUCAAAAGUACAACGACAAAGGAUUUCAAGCGCUAUCACUUUUUGUUAAGAAAUUCGAGAAAUCGUAUAAAUCCGCCAAACACGAGUUGAUAUGGAUGUUUGGUAGAGAAAGCUUGAUUGAAAGUCGAUUGAAGCCACUGGAAAGAAUCAGUGAUCAGCUGGAUGAGAAUGGGAACUUGACCGUCAAGGAUAUAUAUGACGUAAUAACAUGGAGAGUCACAUUCCCCACCGUUCAUCAGUUAGUAGAGGCGAAGUCUCGGUUCAUCAAAAGCUCUCGUUUUGGCGUUGCCAUUGUUAAAUGUUUUGGUGUGUGUCCACGAGCUGGUAGAUUUUCAGCCAGCGGCUAUAGAGGGAUAACUCUGAUUGCAGAGAUUGACGGGAAGCCUCUUGAGAUCCAACUAAUGACACCAUAUAUGGUCAUGUGGGCAGAUUGGGCUUAUAGCGUGUUACUUGAUGAGACGUUGGGUUUGAAGAAAGAUGUGGCGGAAUAUGGACGAAAUCUUUCAGAAUAUUACUACAACUUAGAUUCCAUUCGAGACAAGCGACCAGCUUGUCCUAGGACUCUUGCUCAAACAAACAUGAAAACACUUACAACAAAGUUGGUAAAAAGUAGCAAAAUAUUUGACGCAUUGGGCGACCCUCCGUCGGCUUGUCAGUUCUGGAAUGAUCUCGCUGUGAAUAAGAACCACAACCCCGGGGUACGACGGGAAGUCUUGAGUGCUGUGGUCAAGCAGAAGGCGAGUGGGCAUGGGAACAAGCCUAGUGUUAUCGACAUUGAUAAUAUAUUAAAACCCGGAAAUCUUAAAGAAAGCAAGAAAAACAGCAAGGAUAAGAAGGGAACCAAGAGAACAUUGGAGUGGCCAGUGUAUUAUUACUACUAGGAUAUAAAAGGAUGUAAGAGAACAUUGGAUUGGCCAGUGUAUUAGUUGCAACUAGGAUACAAGGGGAUGUAAGAGAACAUUAGUACCAAGUAUAUUAUUGCUAGUAGGAUACGAAGGGAUGUCAGAGAACAUUAGUGCCAAGUAUUAUUGCUAGUAGGAUACGAAGGGAUGUCAGAAACAUUAGUACCCGAUAUAUUACUGCUAGUAGGAUACGAAGGGAUGUAAGAGAACAAUUAGAGCUCCAAGUGUAUCAUUACUACAGUCAUUACUCGCCUUGACCAAUCUCAUGUUAUUACUAGACUCAAAGAGAAUAAAUAGACCAAAGAUUUCUGUGUUUUUUACUUUAAUGCUAAGUU